UCCUUUCCGGAAACGGAGCUUUCUCCCCCUCCUCGCGCCUGGGCUCGUCGAGACGUUGGCGAUUCGCGCCGGUAAGCCGGUGGUCGCGGGGCCUUGUCUGGGGAGCGCGCAGGUGGACAGGUUUUCAGCACAUUCCUGUCACAGAACCUGAAAGAACCAUGGUGUGCAUUCCCUGUAUCGUCAUUCCUGUUCUGCUGUGGGUCUAUAAAAGGUUCCUUGAGCCGUAUCUCUAUCCCAUCAUCUCUCCAUUCAUCAAGCGUCUUUGGCCCAAGAAAGCAGUGCAGGAAGUUCCACAGCAAGACCAAAAGGGUAGUGCUGCAAAUAGAAGUGAGACCGAGCACGAGAGCUCCACAGACGACUCUGAGCAUUCUAAAACCAAAAGUAAUGGCAUCGCAAAUGGGUUUUCUGGCAGUGCACCUAUGGAAAUCUCUGACAAAAAGACUGAUUAAGUGAACCUGCUGGUAUAGUAAAUGGACUGAUAAUGCUGUGCCCAUUUGAAAAUUUCACUGCACUUUUAUCAAAAUGGAAACUUGGAAUAUGUAUAUAUAUAAAUGCACAUGCAGCUAGGGAGAUUUGAGGCAGUUCUGCCUGUAUAGGUGAAAAGAAAUUAAUAUAUUGUCUUGUUCUUCUUGACAUUCAUGGCCAGAAUGUACAGCGCAUCCAAUAGCGCUAGAGAUACUAGGCGCCAUGUUUUAUUAACACUUUUAUUGCUAGACUUGCAACUUGUUUCAAAAACUUUCCUUGAACUCUGCUUUUUAUGACUAUUAUACUUGUUUUUAAAAAGCAGGAGUUUAUAUGCACAGUAUCUGAAAAGAGCAGCUUUAUAAAUACCCUUGAUCUAAUAAUAAAUAUUGGUAGUAGCAACUCACUUUUCUUAAAGUCACCUUACAAAACUAUGCUGUGAAUUGUUUGAAGAUGUUUCAGGGUAAAGCAAACUUGGUGUGAGCAGAUACUACUCUUUGAGGAGAUGAUCCUCUGGAUAUAAGGGGGAAAUGGCCCUAUUUUCUGUGCUGUUGAGUUUUUGAUUGAGGCCAGGUACUUCACCCUUUUGAAGACCAAAAAGGGAGAAAAUAAAAAAAAUAAAACCGCAUAACACCUGCAUGCAAGCUGUUACAUGUUUGUGAGCAACAGCAGCAUAAAAUUCAGCAUAACUCCAGAGUAAAUCAAGGUUUUCUUGUAUAUUAACAAGCUGACAUUCUUAAUAAAAGAUGUUUGAACAGGA